UCCAACUGUUCAGGCAGGGGGAGAGUGUGUGGGAGAGAAACUCCCUCUGGUGUGAACUUUGGGAAAUGCAGACCAAACCUAUAACACACCACAGGAAAGAUGAAACCCCCCAAAAGCACAAUAGGUCCCCUUUAAGUCUGAUACUUCUCAGUCCUCAGUUUGAAUCUUUGGUUCCCCUGCAUGUGGAUGCACUGAUCCCAGGUUUUAAUGGAGGCGUUAUUCUGUUUCUCAGGUGUGCCGUCUGGAGCAGACCUGGACGGCAUUACGGCAGCGACACACAGAGGGCGCUAUUCUCUACGAGAAAACUCUAAGGCCCUUUAUGAAGAGUCUGAAUGACGGGAGAGAAAGCUGUCCGCUGUCCAACACCAGCUUCCCCCACGUCCUACCCCUCCUUUCUCUGCUGGAGAAGAGCAUGGCGGUGGGUGAGGGGACAGAGCCGUGGGAGGUGGCGGAAGCCGGGGUGGAUGUGGUCAUGUUCCACCUGGGGGCGGCGAGGACCAUCGCUCAGCUCGGGGGAGUCUACCGCUCCAACGCUGAGAGCAAACUACAAGGUUUUCAGGGUCAGGCGGAGGUCCUGGAGCUCUUCCUGACCGAUUUCCAGAUGAGGCUGCUUUGGGGGAGCAGGGGAGCCGAGGAGAGCCAAGCUCUGCGAUACGCCAAGUUUGACCAGGUGCUGACUGCCUUGUCCAACAGGCUUGAGCCACCUGUCAGACCACGCUGACCCCAGACCUGUUUUUCAAUAACUGUUUUAUCCGGGAUGAGUGCUUUGUGUUCUUACAAAAUCACUUUAAUCUCAUUUACCAUUCAGCUUAUUUACCAAUUUUGAUUUACAUCACGCUAUGUCCCAAUAUGUCAAAGCCAGAGAACUUCAUCUAGCCCGUAUGGAACCAAAAUGUGAAGGGAAUAUAUCAGUGUAAAUAUGUGCAACUGUGUCGAGCUAUUUUGCUUUUCUUCUGCAGAAGAAACAGGAAGUCGUGGUAAAUAGUUUCUGAAAUGAGGCUGUGCCUUGGUCUGUUAGCUUAAUGUAUAGCAAUGUUUUUAUGUCUUCCUGAAGGCUGGACCUUCCUUAACAAAAAGACCAUACAAAGUGAGUCAUAUUGUACAACGCAAUAACAGAAUAACAUUUUAUCUCCAUUUUCAAUAUUAUGUUCAUCAUGUGUUUAUCAUAAGGAUAUUCUAAUGUGAAGUAAAUACAUAAUGUGAUGUGAUUAGUGGUAUUUUGACCAGUGCUAGGGUCAGUUCACAACUCUUUUGUUUAAACUUCCCUUUUCUUACUCAUUACUCUUACUUCUUAAUACCACUAUAUGAAUUGGAAGUGAUUGAACUGACUCUAACCACACACGCACAGUACACAGGUACAGAUCAUGUCUAUAACCUUAUUAAUAAUGUCUAAUAUUUAUCUGAAAUGUAAAUAAACAUGUUUACCUCAC